AUGAGUCAACAACAGCAACAGCACGUGCGACGAGCGCUCUCGCACAACCGAACGACAUUCCGCCGGCAGGCCAUAUCCGAGAUCUCCGGCUCGCUCGGCGACCUAGGCACAUUCCUGCCCAUCGUCAUCGCCCUGACCGAAGGGCAUCAAAUUUCACUGACGACGACGCUGAUCCUGACUGGGAUCUACAACAUCCUAACGGGGAUCUUCUUCGGCAUCCCACUACCGGUGCAGCCGAUGAAAGCGAUCGCUGCAGUCGCGAUUCUGAAGUCCCUCACGGCGGGCCAGACAGCUGCGGCAGGGAUUUUCGUCGCGAGCUGUAUUCUAUUCUUCAGCGUGACGGGGAUCCUGUCGUGGUUUACCAGGGUCAUCCCCAUCCCCGUCGUGAAAGGCAUUCAGGUUGGAGCCGGGCUGAGCCUGAUCAUUGCGGCUGGCGCGAAAGCCGCUGCUUCUUUGUCCUGGACUACCCCGUCUUGGGCGGACAACUACCUAUGGAUGAUUGGUGCUUUUCUCCUCCUGUUCAGUCUCAAUGCACCAGGGCCUAGAGUCGCCCGCGUCCCCUAUGCCCUAAUCCUGUUCGUCGUGGGCCUCAUUUUUGCAUUCGUCCAGCUCGUCGCACACGAGCGUCGCCAUCUCCCUGGCUUCCGACUUUGGCAGCCAUGGGCGCCUCGGACUCCAUCGCUGGAUGACUGGAGGACUGGGAUCCUGGACGCUGGAAUUGGCCAACUGCCUUUGACAACUCUCAAUUCAAUCAUCGCCGUCACACACUUGGCAGCAGACCUUCUCCCAGAGAUCGAAACACCGUCCGUGACUGCGAUCGGCAUCAGCGUUGCCGGCAUGAACUUGAUAGGAUGCUGGUUCGGAGCCAUGCCGGUUUGCCACGGGUCUGGUGGUCUCGCCGCACAGUAUCGCUUUGGGGCGCGAUCGGGCGCCAGCAUCAUCUUCCUGGGUAUCUUCAAAUUGCUGCUGGGGUUCCUUUUCGGCGAAAGCUUGACGGCGCUUUUGCAUCGAUUCCCACUCGCGCUGCUUACCGUCAUGAUCAUCGCGGCCGGUCUGGAGCUUGCAAGUGUGGGCGAAUCACUCAACACGGAAAGGGCACGUGAUUUGGGCAAGGAAGAUGGCAGUAGUAGUGUUAGUAGUGACGCUGGCUCACGAGGACGACAUAUUGAGCUCUCGGAGGAAGAGAAGAAGCGGAGAUGGACUGUCAUGCUCGUCACUGCGGGACUACUGGUUGCAUUCAAGAACGACGCCAUCGGCUUUCUAGGAGGAAUGCUCUGCCAUUGGAGCUAUUCGAUACCUCUCUACCAGCGGCCCCGAACAUCAUCUCGCAAUGCGUCGAAUAUCGAGAAUGAUGCAACAGGUGAACGGCAGUCCCUCCUGCCACAUUGA